UUGCUUUGUCCUGUCCUUCUUUUUUUCUUUGUAUUCUUUGUUUUCUUAGAUGGUAGGAGAGAUAUUAGGAGGGGGUUCUCUUCUCCUCUUUUUCAUCCAUAUCUCACCCUGGGGAAUGAUGAGCAAAAGUGGAGGAGAAUUCUAUUCCUUCCCAAAGAUCAAGGAGAACUGAGGGAGAGGGGGAAGAGAACGUCCAGAGCUUUAAUAUAUAAGAGAGACAAGCUUCUUUCUUUCUUUUCCUUUUCCAUUCUUUUCUUUUAUUUUAUCCUUUUCUUUCCCUCUUCCCCCCUUCUUUGCUUCUCAUUCCCCUCUCAGUCUUUUGCCUCUACUGGCGAGGUGGGUGAGGCCCGUCCUCUGAGAGGAUCGGAGGUUCCACGCUGUGAGGGUAUGAGAGAUAAAGAGAGAAAGAUGACAUGGUGCAACAGCUGUGAUGAUGAUCGUGUGAUCGACAGGAGCUCGGCUUCUUCUGCUGCGUUGAUCAGCAAGAAAUCUUAUGCAAACGUGAUCAAGACGUGCCCUUCAUGCGGCCACCGCAUCCAAUAUGAGGAACAAGUGGCUGCGGCUGCCGCCAUCCAAGAUUUGCCUGGGCUACCUGCUGGUGUGAAGUUCGAUCCAACCGACCAGGAGCUUCUCGAGCACUUGGAGGGGAAGGCGAGGCCAGAUUCGCAAAAGCUUCACCCUCUCAUCGAUGAGUUUAUUCCUACGAUCGAAGGCGAGAACGGGAUCUGUUACACCCACCCGGAGAAACUCCCCGGAGUGAGCAGGGAUGGUCUCAUUCGACACUUCUUCCAUCGCCCUUCCAAGGCAUACACAACAGGGACUAGGAAGCGCAGAAAAGUGCAUACAGACGCGCAUGGAGGUGAGACACGGUGGCACAAAACCGGCAAGACAAGACCAGUGCUCGCAGGUGGGAAGCUGAAGGGGUACAAGAAGAUACUGGUUCUCUACACCAACUACGGUAAACAGCGAAAACCUGAGAAAACUAAUUGGGUGAUGCACCAAUAUCACUUGGGCUCUGAUGAAGAAGAAAAGGAUGGGGAGUUAGUCGUAUCAAAGGUAUUCUACCAGACGCAACCAAGGCAAUGUGGCUCGGUUGCAAAGGAUAGUACAGUUCAAGGAAACUCUAGAGGCCUAAAUGGGGACGAUCAUCCCAUCCUCAAGGAUGCCAGCAUCGUGGAUUACUAUAAUUCAUCACUAAUCACCUACAAUCAAGGUGGGCACAAUAGAGCAAACUCCCCUCAUUUGAUACCCAACUUCGCUGUACAUGCUGGUGGAACUUCCUAUCUUCCCUAAGUGGAUCAAAGUAUAUAUCCUUCUUUUUUAUUGCAUGCAUGCACAAGAAAAAGACUGAAGAAGAAGAAGGCGAGGAGGAGGGAAGCACUGGGGGGGAGUUUUUGUACACAGGUGAAUAAACUUAACCCAUGUUGAAACUUUACGUAAGUGGUAUAGCAUUCAAGUUAAUAAUUGAGAGGGCGCAUUCUUUAGUAUAUAGCUAAGAAAUCCAUCAAUGAUAGAACCAUCAGCUUUCGCCUCAGUUGUUGUAAAGAGACUGCAACUUGCAACACUUGUAUACUAAGGAGAGUGUUGGACACUCUUUUCUUAUGGUAAUGAUAAGGAUGCCAUGGCAGUUUUGUUAUGUGCUGCCAUAAAGUUGUAAGAUAAAGAAAGGUGACGGCAGAUAGAUGACUUUAGUUGGGGCCUGAAUCAUAGCUAUAUUUUUUCCUUUGUAAUGACAACUGGAUGAUGCAAGCUUGUCAAGCCUGGAUAUGGUUUUGAUUUCACA